AUGGAGGGAAAAAGCGCACCAGAACCCGCGCCUGAAGUUCCAGCGGCCAGCGCCACGCCGCCUGCAGAAUCCGCGGCUACGACGUCCUCAGGCAACACAUCAUCUAACCUUGCCGUGGACAAAUCCCAAAUCCCUCGACCGUACAAAUGCCCGUUGUGCUCCCGUGCGUUCUACCGCUUGGAGCACCAAACGCGACACAUCCGCACCCAUACUGGUGAAAAGCCACAUGUGUGUACGCACCCUGGGUGCGAUAAGCGUUUCAGCCGUAGCGACGAACUUACACGCCACCUGCGCAUCCAUUCCAAUGCGAAGCGGAAUGGUGCUAGCGAUUUGGCUACUCCGCCGGAGGAUGCCCGCAAGUCGGCUGGCCGUCGUCGUACGCGUGGCGGUGCUUCGCGAGGCCGUGGCGGCUCAACAACGGCUGGCCGUCCACGUUCGCACUCCAACCCUACGGAUAUGCCGCAUUGGCAGGCGACUUCGGUGGACACAGAGCCGAGUGUGUUGGGGGUACAGCCACGGCAAGUACUUCCCCGGAAGGGCGAAAUGUCGGCGCUGGCCAGUUUGGCGUCCGGUGAGUUGCAUGAGAUGCAGCGUAUGGAAAUUGAGUACAAGGCACGGCAACCUGCGUCGUCUAUGUUGCCUGCAACUACUGUAGGCCCAUCGCAUGCGAUGAAUCCACGUGAGCAUGCGUAUCGAACGAAGUACGAGUACCCAGACGAACGCUAUGCUGCGGCUGCGUACCAGUAUGAACAUGGUGCUGCAGCGUAUCCGCCUGGGAGUGCAGCGAUGUACGAUGACCCGCGGUAUCGCGACAUGCGUUACGAGCGCGAAGCGUACUACUAUCCCUCGGUAUAUGCACAGCGGUACGCAAGCUACCCUGGCAGUCGCGAAGGCUCGCCAGGCGCUGUGCCUGUGUCGACACUCCCUCCCUCGUCGGCGCAUGCGUGGGACGACCACAAUGCGCAUAGCGAUGCGGAGUGGGCUGCACACGAGGAUGCCCGGGCGAUGGGGCAGUCAUUGCGUCCGCCGGUGCGCAGCAACUAUGCGACGCCUUCAGGCAGUCCUGUGCUUGGCCCGUUGCGUAACAUGUCUCUUUUCAGCACCGCACCCAACAGCCCCUUAUCGUCUCGGCCUAGCUCGCCUGUGCAUGGCCGCAGUGCGAAUGCUAGUGCACGUGCGUCGGAACUACCGCGUAUCCCCUCUCAUGGAUCUCUCUCGACGCUUCCGACGGAAGGUCCGAGCCAUACGCCAAGCGCCGGCCACCAUGGCGCUGUGCGGUAUCGGUCUCACCCGUAUGGCGUAAGUGAUGCGCUGAGUAGUCGUACGCGGCCGCAUUACCACUACUCCGCCUUGAAUAUGUCCGUAUUGCCGACUAGCACGUCAGGCGAGCGCAGUACGGCGCCGGACGAGGCUGUGCAUGAUGCACGCCCUCCGUCGCCGUCCGCCGGCAGCUACAAUGGCGCAUGGAGUCAUCGCGCGUCGCGCUCUCGCUACGACAUUCACUCUUCACUCGCACGGGCUCCGUUGCCGUACGUCAUGUCGUCUCGCUCUGCUCCUGCGAGUGCUGCCAGCUCGCCGCCAGGCUCACCGCGCGUCAGCCCUCCGCACCAUGCUAUGCCUGCACCUACAUCGGGCGGCUCGACAUCGGCGGCAGCCGCGGCGAUGCGGGGGCCAUCAGAUACACUAUCUACGCUCAAGGGACGCAACUCGUCUAGGGUUAUGUCGAUGACGCCGCUUCAUGCGUCUGAGGGUGCUGCACCACCGCAUGGCAUUGUUCUUCCGCCGCUGGGCCAUGCUGUUACGGCAGAUGCCCAUGGCGUACGGGAUCGGCCUACCUAA